CUUCUAGUCUUCGGCUCCCUGGCGCUCUCCUUUGACCAGGAUGCCUUCUUGCGCGUGCGCAAAGCUGUCCUCGAGACGGGCGGAAACGAGUGGCUGAACGAUCACGUCGUCCAACGUCUCGCAGCUAGCUGCACCACGGCCAGGGAUGCGCUUGGCGACAUCGUGGACGCAGCCUCGUGGGAAGUUGCAAGGAGAGACUUUACGGAGCUGGCCGAGGCCUUCCGCACCCCGGCCCGCCCUCUCGGCGUGCCGUUCCCGCUGAACAAUGCCUUGUUGAUUCCGCUGGUGGUCAUUGAUCAGCUGACCCAGUAUGCCGCCUUUGUUGGCCAUCAGCAGCGACAACCACAACAACAGGAAACCUCGACGACGGCCUGGUUAAAGGGGGACAGAGAAACCCUCGGCCUGUGCACCGGGCUCUUGGGUGCCUUCGCGGCAGCCGCUGCGCAUGACCAGAGCGAGUUCCGUCGGUUUGGCGCCGCCGCCGUGCGCAUCGGCAUGCUUGUCGGGAUCGUUGUCGAUGCCCAGGCCGGUGCGUCUGGGGCAGGAAAAAGGCCGCGGUCGUUGAGUGUAGCCUGGGGGAGCAGCAGUGCCCGAGAUGAACUGACGAGAAUCCUAAACGGCUACCCAGAGGCCGAAACAUACAUAUCCGUCUUCUACGACACGCACCGCGCAACCAUCACAACAACGCAGGACAACGUAGCCCCGCUGGCCCAGCGCCUGAAUACCGGCGGGCUGAAAGCCACCGACAUCGGGAUCUACGGCCGCUACCACUCGGCUAUCAGUCACGCACACGCGCUAGAGCGGGUGCUGGCCUUUUGCGACGCGAAUGAGAGCUUCCAGUUGCCCGAAGCCGCGACGCUGGCUCUGCCAACGCACGCCAACAACGCAGCUGGCAGUCGCCCCGUCGAGGGUCCGCUCCAUGCCCACGCGCUGAGGUCCAUCCUGGUCGAACCCCCGCACUGGGCCGAGGCGCUGGACUCGGCGAUUCGCGACAAGAAACGGAGCAAGUACAACAAGAAGACGCGAGUCUUCUCGUUCGGCCCAGAACGAAGCGUGCCUGCGUCUUUAAUGGCACGCAGCGGGGAUGUGAGCGUAGUCGACGACGCGCCGAAAUUCCUCCGGCAAGAAGACGGCCUCGAUCGCCCGUGGACGGACAGCGACAUCGCGGUGGUAGGCAUGGCGUGCAAGGUGCCGGGGGCUGACAGCGCGGACGAGUUUUGGGACUUGCUGGCGGCGGGGCGGUCGCAGCAUCGCGAGAUCGACAUUGGGGAUGGCUGGGUGGACGAGUCGUCGUCGGGAACUGGUCGGCUGUUCGGCAGCGGGCCUUUCCGGACGACGCAGCAGCAGAGUCGCCGAUGGUUCGCCAACUUGCUCGACGACCCAGGCCACUUCGACCACCGCUUCUUCCGCAAGACGGCGCGCGAGGCCGAGAACAUGGACCCGCAGCAGCGCCUGCUGCUACAGGUCGCGUACCAGGCUAUCGCCAUGAGCGGACACCUGCGCACGCACCGUGUGGAUGACGAGGCCGACGACAAGAAAAUUGAUGACGCAAACAAUGUCGGCUGCUUCGUGGGCGUCCAUCUCAGCGAGUAUGACGACAACGUGGCCAGCCACGCAGCCAACGUCUUCUCGGCGACGGGCAAUCUGCAGAGCUUCAUCGCGGGGCGGGUAUCGCACCAUUUCGGGUGGCGGGGCCCGUCACUGACCGUUGACACGGCCUGCAGUUCAUCCAUGGUGGCUGUACACCAGGCAUGCCAGGCGAUCAUAUCAGGCGAGUGCGCUGGCGCACUGGCGGCAGGCGUCAACGUGCUGGCGGGUUCCGGGUUGUGGUUCCAGAACCUGGGGGCGGCCGGGUUCCUCAGCCCGACAGGCCAGUGCCGGCCGUUCGAUGCCAAGGCCGACGGCUACUGCCGCGGCGAGGGCUUCGGCGCUGUGUUUCUGAAGAGGCUGAGUCAGGCCGUGGGCGACGGUGACGCGAUCCUGGGCGUCAUCGCCGCCACUGCUGUGGAACAGAACCACAACUGCACGCCCAUCUUUGUACCAAACGCUCCGUCCCUUGCCGGCCUAUUUUCCAAGGUCGUGGCGAAAGCGAACGUGCGGCCGGCCCAGAUCACCGUCUGUGAGGCUCAUGGCACCGGCACGGCCGUGGGUGAUCCAGCCGAAUUUGGCGCGAUCCGGCAGGUGCUGGGCGGGGCCAAGAACCGCGACAGCAAGGCAGACAAACCCCUGGCGGUCAGCUCGGUCAAGGGACUGCUCGGCCACACCGAAUCCUCGUCGGGCAUUCUCAGCUUGAUCAAGGUGCUCCUUAUGCUGAACAAAGGCCUCGUGCCGCCGCAAGCCAGCUUCGAAACCGCCAACCCUGCGCUGAACCUAGACGCCGUCCAGGACCGCAUGUUCAUCCCCACUCGCCUGCAGCCGUGGGACGCCGAUGUCCGCGUUGCCCUGAUCAACAACUAUGGCGCCUCGGGGUCCAACGCAGCAGCCGUAGUCAUGCAGGCGCCACGCAGCAACGAUGGUGCCAAAUUGGUCGGAGUGAAAGGGCCUGCCACCAGUGCUAAGCAGCCUUUCUUGCUCUGCGGCCUGGACGACAAAGGCAUCCGCCGCUACGCCAAAGCUCUCGGGCGGUUUCUGGUCCAACCAUCGGGCAAAAGUUGUACGCUGGCGAGCUUGUCGUACAACCUCGCCCGCCAGAGCGACACGGCCCUAUCCACGCGGGUUGCCUUUUCUGCGCACUCUGUGGGUGAGCUGCAAGGGAAGUUGGCGGCGCUCGCGGCCGGCGACGAGAGCGAAAGAAUGGUACGCAUCCCUAGCGCUACUAAGCCUAAGGUGGUCCUGUGCUUUGGCGGGCAGAUCGCGGCAUGGGUCGGGCUUGACCGGCAGCUGUACGACAGGGUGGGUACACUACGGAAGCAUCUGAACCAGGUCGACCGAGUGCUUGUGCGUACACUGGGGGCGCAGAGCAUCUUUCCGGCCGUAUUCGUGCGCGAGCCCAUCGCGGACACGGUCGUGCUGCAAACGGCGCUCUUUGCAACGCAGUACGCGUGUGCGCGAAGUUGGAUCGACGCCGGUGUCCGCCCCGCCACACUGGUCGGCCACAGCUUUGGCGAGCUGACGGCACUCUGUGUCGCGGGCGCCCUCUCCCUAGAGGACGCGUUGAAGUUGGUUGUCCGUCGUGCGGGGCUGGUGAGGGACGCGUGGGGUGACGACAAGGGAGCUAUGAUGGCCGUGGAAAUAGAAGGAACCGGCGAUGACGGCGAUGAGGGCGAUGACGGGGCCAAAGCCGAAGCCGAAGCCUUGGUGGCCAAGGCCAACCGGCUCCAGAGCGCAAACAACCCACCCGUUAGUAUCGCGUGCUACAACGGGCCGCGGAGCUUCACGUUAGCGGGACCGUCCGAGGCCAUGACGGCUUUGGAUAACCUUCUCCUUGCUGACGGCCACGGAGACGACGACGGGUACAAUAACACCAAAACGCGGCGCCGCCUGCUCAAGGUCACCAACGCCUUCCACUCGGCCCUCGUUGACCCGCUAGUCUCGCGGCUAGAGCAGAGCGCGCGGGGACUGAGGUUCCGCGCACCAACCAUCCCGCUGGAGCACGCGACGCGAGAGGAUACGACGGGCGUGGCAUUAACGGCACGAUUUGUUGCGGACCACAUGCGGCGGCCAGUUCACUUCCACCACGCAGUGCGGCGCAUCGUGGGCAAGCACGCCAGUGGCGGCGACGCCUGCAUCUUCCUCGAGGCGGGCAGCAACUCCACCGUCACGGCCAUGGCAGCGAGGGUCGUUGGCGAAGGGACGCCACACCUUUUCCAAGGCGUCAGCAUUACCAACUGCGACCACGGCUGGGAUCGGCUGACCGAUACCACUGUUGCGCUCUGGAAGGCCGGUGUCGACGUACGGCACUGGGCCCAUGUGCACGACACGUUACAGCCACUUCUCCUUCCGCCGUACCAGUUCGACCCGGAUGCGCACCACUGGCUCGACCUGAAAGCUGUGCCGGCAUCGACACCCUCGGAGCAGGAACAGAAAACGGCCGAUGACUUCCUCACGCCUUUCGGCGUCUCCCGCGACAAGAGCAAAGGGAAAACUGCAGCGCUCUUCCGGAUCAACACGAACAUUCCCAAGUACUUGCGGCUGCUCGCCGACCAUGUCAUCAUCCACACGACGCCCCUUUGUCCGGGGACGGUGCAGAUGGGGUUUGUCGUUGACGCAGUGCAUAGCCUGCGCCCGCAGCUACGCGAAGACGGCGGGCAGGACGAGCCCCAGUUCCAGGAAGUCCAGUACCACUCGCCGAUGUGCGCCAGCGAUGCAGGGGUCCGCACGAGCUGGAUCGAAGUUGUGGAGGAUGAUGAUGGUGGUGGCUGGCGGUUCGAAGUGUUCAGCACCGAGACAGAGAUGGUAGCGCACGGCCGGCCUCGCAUAGCCCACACAACCGGGCACGUAGCCUUCGGCUCCGCGAGUGACAACGCGCUCCGGCGCGAGCUCGCGCGCUUCCACAGACUCUUGGGGGGCUGCGACCUCCGAACCCUCGACUUGGUCCGCGGAAGGCGGACAGGCACCAGCACAGACGACAGCGACGUCGAGGUCCUGGGCCACCGCAGCAUCUACCGACUGUUCGACGACAUCGCGCAGUACGGCGACAGCUUCCAGCGGCUCCAAAAGCUGGCCGUGAGAGGGACUACGUCGGCGGGACACGUUGUUGCUCGCCCUCAAAAGUCUUUGCCUUCGGAUUCCAGCGAAGGGAGUUUCGAUGCCUACCUGGCCGACGCCUUCUGCCAGAUCGGCGGCAUGUGGACCAACUGCCACAUGAGAGGUGACGAUCACAACGACGACGCCAUUUACCUUGCCAGUGGUAUCGAUCAGUGGAUCCGGGCGCCCGGGGUGCGCCGGCCGGACGAGUUCCACAUCUUCGCCACGCACUCGUCAGUUCAGGCCUCAGGUGAUGGACGUCAGCAAUGGGUGACCGACGUUUUUGUCCUGGACGGCGUGUCCGGGACUCUGCUCGACGUCAUCCUCGGCCUCGCCUAUUUCCGGACGUCCAAGGCGUCGGUCGAAAAGAUGCUUGCGCGCUUGACCGACUCGGCUAUCGCGACGCCCAAGAAAACACAAAAGCCGACAACCACCCGGAUACAGACGACGCAGGCAGCAGCACUGACGCAGGCCAUCAUGACUGGGACGGAAAAUAGGCGAUAUGCGUCACCCAAGCCGAAGCCAAGGAAAAUACACAGCGCGAACAACAACAAGAGCCUGCUGACCGUUCGCAUCAAAGCCGUCGUUGCCAACAUGUCAGGUCUCGACCCGUCCGAGAUCAGAGACGACAGCAAGCUCGCGGAUCUCGGCAUCGACUCGCUCACCAGCAUGGAACUGACGAAUGAGCUGGAAAAGGCCUUCCCAGACGUCGGCCUGCCCGAGCGCGAGAUAGCCGGCGCGAGCGACUUGGCGGGUCUAGUGCAAUGCGUACUGGCUGCGGCAGCGUCGACUAUGGUGGAGGACGAUAACGAGGACCUGCCCAGCACUACCAGCACGUCUUCCUCGUUAUCGUCACUAGACGCAGGCGCCAGGACGGGCAGCAGUAGCAGAUUGACCACGCCGCCCGCCGGCUCCGAUUCAGGCAAAUUAGACAAAGACGGCGACGUCCCUGUUUCGCUCCAGGACAGCUUGGCUCUGGCCUCGACGCAACUCCGGAUGCCCGCCGUGAUCGAAGCCUUCCGCGAGAUCAAGUCGCAAACAGACGCGCGUAUAGCCGAAUGGGGCCUGGCGAACUACGCCUCGGAAGUUCUCCCGCUUCAGACGGAGCUGGCCGUGGCGCUGACGCUGGAGGCUUUCGAGGAGCUGGGCUGCAAUAUCCGAGGGGCCGCACCAGGUCAGCUUCUCCCGUGGAUCCCCCACGGCGGAGAGCACGGCCGGCUCGUCGACCACCUCUACCGGAUGCUGCGGGACGAGUGCGGUGGGCUCGUCACGUUGGACGGGAAGAUUGCCAGGCGCACGGCCGUGGCAGCCCCGGCUCGGCCCGGCAGCCAGGUCCUCGACGAACUCGGCGCGCGCUUCCCAGACCAGCAGAUAAUUGACCGGCUGACGCACCACGCCGGCGGCAACCUAGCGCGCGUGCUGCGGGGCGAGACGGACGGGGUACGGGUCGUGUUCGGCGACCCAGUUGGGCGUGAGCUAGUGAGCCGCUUUUACUCCGAGUGGCCACUCUUCCAGGCACUGCAUGCGCAGCUGGAGGACUUCUUAGGCGGGCUGGCAACGGGGCUCGAGCAGGGGCAGGAGCCGUUGCGGGUGCUCGAGAUGGGUGCUGGCACCGGAGGUACCACGCGGCGCAUCCUGCCGCUGCUGGCGCGCCUAGGCGUGCCGGUCGUCUACACCUUCACGGACCUGGCGGCAUCGUUUGUGGCGUCCGCACGCCGCAGCGCCUGGGCCAAAGAAUACCAGGACCACCCGCGGCUCCGGCUCGAUUUCCGCGUGCACGACAUUGAAGGAGCGCAAGAGUCGGAAGAAGCCGAAUUGGCGGGCUCGCAGCACAUUGUCCUGGCGACCAACGCCGUGCACGCGACGCGCUCGCUCGCGCGCAGCCUGGCCCACAUACGACACGUGCUGCGGCCCGACGACGGGGUGCUGCUGUUGUUAGAGCUCACACAGGGGCUGUGCUUUCUCGAUCUGACGUUUGGGCUAUUUGAGGGCUGGUGGCUCUUUGACGAUGGACGUACACACGCGCUGGCGACGGCGACUAGGUGGCAGACUGAGCUGCAUGGCGCGGGAUUUGGGCUCGCCGACUGGACCGAUGGCAAGAGGCCCGAGACGCGUAUGGAGAGGCUGAUAUUCGCUGCGGCGAAU